ACAAAAACUGACUUGAGCGAAAAAAACGGGGGGCAAAACACCUGCUGGAGAAGGCAGAUUUUGGGCCCAAUUAUCUGCCAUACUUCGCCUCUUCCUCUCUGUUUUUAUUUACGAUCCCAGUAGUUGCGGAACACUGCGUUGUUGACCGUGAAUAUCCAUUUUACGACAUUUGCGUCAACACUGAGCAAUAGCAAUCAUCGGUCAUUUGAAGUUGAAAUACGGUGGUUAGUUUCAUUGCACAAGCGGGUGGAGUAUGGUUUUCCAUGCGUUUAUUGUACAGUAGGCUAGUAAAUGGUGCAUUUUAAAUGCCUGUCUAUAAAUUGCAAGGUUACUAGGAUGUGCAUUGGAUGAACAGCAGCCUAAACCGGAGAGCUAUUCGAUCAGGAUAAAAUAUUGGUUACUGCUUUUAUUUUAGGACUUGCUUCCGUAUUUUGACACAUUGCCGUCGGUUGGAAAUGGAGAUUGCCACCGCACUGGGGUGUUUUGUUGGUUUUGCCUUCGGAGGACUAGUGUUUGUAGCGUAUAAACUUGGUUUACUGUAUCAGUUGUUUCAUAAGACUGAGACCCAGAGCCCUCGCCAUGGUGGGGAGAGUGUGGCAGAGGUUCUGCGUGCCCAUGGGGUUAAGUUUGUCUUCACCCUGGUGGGGGGGCACAUCUCGCCCAUCUUGGUGGCCUGCGAGAAGCUGGGCAUCCGCAUUGUGGACACCAGGCACGAGGCUACUGCCGUCUUUGCAGCUGACGCAGUAGCCAGGCUCUCCGGCACUGUAGGUGUAGCUGCAGUGACUGCUGGCCCAGGCCUGACUAACACAGUCACAGCAGUGAAGAACGCUCAGAUGGCCGAGUCUCCACUGCUUCUCUUGGGGGGAGCUGCUGCAACACUACUUCAGGGUAGAGGAGCGCUGCAGGACAUUGACCAGAUGUCUCUGUUCAAGCCGCUGUGUAAGUUCUGCGCCUCAGUGAGGAGUGUGAAGGACAUCGCCAUCACUGUGAGGAAGGCCCUGGCCAUCGCCCAGUCUGGAACUCCAGGCCCUGUGUUCAUAGAGUUCCCCAUCGACACACUCUACCCCUUCCACCUGGUGUCCAAAGAAUUCGGAGUGAAAAACCCUCCCAAGGGAAUAAUGGGAAAAGUUGUCACUUGGUACCUCCACAAUCACCUAAAUAACUUGUUUGCUGGGGCCUGGGAAACCAGAGACGUGUCCCCUCUCCCUGUACACAUCCCUCAGGCCACAGACAAUCAGGUACAAAAGUGUAUAGAGCUGGUGAGCAGAGCCAAGAAGCCUGUUAUCCUACUGGGGAGCCAGGCAACACUACCUCCAACACCUACAGACGACAUCAGGGCGGCCCUGGAGUCCCUAGGUAUCCCCUGUUUCCUGGGUGGAAUGUCCCGUGGCAUGCUGGGUAGGAACAGUCCCUUGCACAUCAGACAGAACAGGAGUGAUGCCCUGAAGGAAGCAGACCUUGUGCUGCUAGCAGGAACUGUAUGUGACUUCCGAUUAAGCUACGGCAGAGUGCUAAACAGACGCAGCAGGAUCAUUGCUGUCAACAGAGACAAGAGUCAACUUCUGAAGAACUCUGACAUGUUUUGGAAGCCCACUGUGGCCAUUCAGGGAGAUGCAGGCUCCUUCCUACUCCGCCUCUCCAAAGGCCUCAAGGGCCACACAUGUCCAGAAGAUUGGCCACAGUGUCUCAAAGCAGGAGAUGUCACCAAAGAGAAGGCUAAUCGGAGGAAGGCUGAUGAGAAGACGGACCGCCACCUGAACCCCCUGAGUGUCCUGCACCGCGUGGAUGAUCUGAUGGCUGACGACAGCAUCAUAGUGGCGGAUGGGGGCGACUUUGUGGGCAGUGCUGCUUACAUCAUGAGACCAAGGGGCCCACUCCGCUGGCUGGAUCCAGGAGCAUUUGGAACCCUUGGUGUUGGAGGAGGGUUUGCUCUGGGAGCCAAGCUGUGUCGACCUGAGUCAGAGGUGUGGAUCAUCUAUGGCGAUGGAUCCCUGGGAUACAGUGUUGCAGAAUUUGACACCUUUACCAGACACAAGACGCCAGUAAUUGCUCUGGUGGGGAACGAUGCCUGUUGGAGCCAGAUCGCCAGGGAGCAGGUUCCCAUCCUGGGCAGCAAUGUGGCCUGUGGCCUGGCCUUCACAGAUUACCACAUAGUUGCCAACGGUUAUGGAGGCAAAGGCACCCUCAUUGGUCGCGAAGACGAGGACAAGCUGGACGGCAUCAUAAAAGAGGCCCAGAAGGAGACCAGACAGGGAAGAGCCACACUUCUCAAUGUUCUCAUAGGGAAGACCAACUUCAGAGAGGGCUCCAUCUCUGUGUAGAGUAGCUCAGACAGACUGCAACCCCUGGGGUCCCUGUCUGGACCUGUGGGUCCUAAAAAACCUUCCCACCUUGCCUAGAAACACAUAUGUUCACAUGCUGUGGAACAGUACAACUGCUGUAUUUUUUUCUGGUGAAAGGAAAACAAUUCAGGAACUCAAUCUUCUCAACCUUUAUCAGCCUUUCAAACAGAUGUGAAGAUGAGUUUUGAUCAUGGACUUUUUGGUUCUUUUUGCUGGAGAGAAACAAACUUGACAUGUAUGCUUUGGAAAAUUAACUACGGCUGGCUUUGCUGCUGUUAUUAUGUAGUAGGCCAGUAUCCUUGCUGUAUACACUUAACUAAUACCUGUGUAUUGACUUCAGAUUGCCUAUUGAUCUACUGAACUCUACUUUGAAGCUGGCUAUUUAUUUUGAAAAACCAAAUAAAGUGAAUUUUGGAAUGGCACAUCCUUAAUAGAGAUAUUUAGGGAAAUUAAUCAUACACUAACCUACAAGUCUCCGCAGGAUCUGUAGGGUUAACAACAAGAUAAUAAUACAAUUGUAAUCAUUUAAUUUAAAUGGUGUAUCUAAUUGAUGAUUGUAUGGCUUUGAUUAUUGAACGUGCUGUAAGACUCCACUAAUACAUCAAUCAACAGACUGGAUACACAAAUACAAGACGCCCUAUGAAAGAGGAAGGAAUUUAAACGAAGAUGUUACCAUAUUUUACCAUUUGGGUAUUGAUCAUGAUUUUAAAUAAAUUUAAAAAUCUGACUUAUUACACUGCUCAUACUAUUUCAGGUUGACUUAUUUUAAGGAAUUCUGCAUUAUCCUGAUUGUGCAAAUUGAAGUCCACUUUAAAUUUGAGUGUUUUGAGAAUAUUUGAAUAUUUUUCUGUUUUGCUUUGAAUGUACUAUUCAUAAUGUUUGUUGUUGUAAGGAGAGGGAUUGGUAGACACCUGACCUGAAUCUGGGUCUGAGAAUCUCUUGCACUAGCAUAUGGUAUUUGAUUAUAUAAAAUGUCAUCUUCUACAUAAACACACUGAUACUAGUAUA